CUCUGACUGGAGAAGGUGUGAGCGCACUGAUUUCUGGGAAGAUCAACAAUGUCGCUGCAUCUCAACACGCACAAGACACGGCAGGGCAGGAGCUAAGAUUCAGGGACUGGUUUCUUCUAAGCAUUUCGGUUUUUUUUCCUUCUACUUGCUGCUGCAGGAUGAUACGCUUCUUGCUGCUGUUCAGUCGGCAGGGGAAGCUGCGUCUGCAAAAAUGGUUCACGCCGCUGACAGACCGGGAGAAGAAGAAGGUGAUCCGGGACAUGACAAUGUUGGUGUUGCCUCGCCCGCCGCGUUCGAGCAACUUUGUGCAAUGGAGGGACCUCAAGAUCGUUUACAAGAGGUAUGCCAGCCUGUAUUUCUGUGCUGGUCUGGAGCAACACGAUAAUGAGCUGCUUGCCCUGGAAGUGCUGCACAGAUAUGUUGAAUUGCUGGAUAAGUACUUCGGCAAUGUGUGUGAGCUGGACAUCAUUUUCAACUUUGAGAAGGCCUACUUCAUCCUGGAUGAGUUCCUAAUGGGAGGAGAAAUCUUAGAAACUUCUAAAUUAGCUGUGGGUGCGACGAUGGAGGAGGCUGACACACUGCAAGAGACGAUGGAAGAAUACAUGAGCAAACCUGCUUACUGAACCGGGAGAAGACAAGGAUGUUUCACAUUUCAAAACUUGAAGCAAAAGGUUCAUUACUCAGAAAUAUUUUUACAAAUAAAUGUGACAAAUAAUGACUCAUUUGGCACAAAGAUGUGGUUAUACAGUAACCACAAUCCUGGUUAAGUUUGAAGAAUUGCAACUAUGUUUGCAUCUGUGAGUGCCUUUUAAGUCUUUUAUUUAUUAACCUCACAGCUGUAUGAUGUUAUCUAAGUGCAUUUUUUCACUCAGUAUGUUUUUGUAACCCCAGUGCAUUGUGAGACUUGGCUGGUGCAUUGUGUGAUGGUGAGUAAAUUGAGAAACACUACACAGUAAGGAAAAAAUAAAGUCAAUGCUUUAUUUAUCUCAGGUAUGUCACAUAUGACCACAUUUAAGAAAGAAUUACCAAAAAACACAAGUGAAUCUAAGGGAUCCAACACUGAUUUUGAUUGUGUGUGUGUGCGUUGAAAUGUACAGCUGGUGAGACACUGGGUGUAAAGUGUUUUUGAGCAAUCAACUCAUAUAUAAAAAAACAAAAAACAUCAAAUGAAUGCCCAAACACUUAUUUCUGCUAAUAAACUUUUGUAAACCUACAGAAUAACUAAA